AUGAAUUCGGCGACAAAGGUAGGAGAGAUUUUUACCGCUGCCGGUGCGGCAUUCAAUAGCCUAGGAGAGCUAACGAUGCAGCUUCACCCAUCUUCCGAUUCUCCGACUGGGAGCAAAUGGACAGAUGAAGAAAUAGAGAUGCUUCGAUCCGCAGUCACACGGUUCAGCGAAGAUUUGAGCAAAAUCAGCCAACGCAUCAAGGGACGUACGGUCUCACAAAUUCGCCACACGCUCAAGAAGAAAGCAUUUGAAGAUGCAGGCCUGCCGGUGAGGCAACUUUCACAGACAGUUCCCUCUCAACCACACCAUCAACAGCUUCACACAAUACAGCAGCAGCAACAGCAAUUAAUCGUUACAUCCACUGCAGUUACACACUACGAAGAGGCUGCAGCGCCCUCGGCCGUUAUUGCACAUCCGAUGGUAAUCGAGUCGGUCAUAAAAGACGAAAACACCGAUGCCAGCGGGCUACUCUGUCAAACGGCCGACAUUUCGAUGACACUGAACCGACUCAAUACACAGGAGCAUGAGGCAGACGUCGAAGGAAUCGCUACGAGCGAAAUGAAGCUCGAGUUUGAACCCGGCACGGAAGAAGUGGCCGGGUGA